AUGGUUAACACUAACGACAUGAUUAAUGACACCGCCGAUAAUGCUGCAAACCGUGAUGCACCGCUUUACGAUUCUGAUGACGAUAGAAGUGAUGAAUUUAGUGACAUGGAAGAAAGUGCAUUUAAUAUUAAUGAAUCGGAGACUCAUACUAGUUCUGACAGCGUCUCAUCGUUUACUGCUUCAUCCGAUUCUUCAACUGCAUCUGAUACGCCACCGACUGCCAAUUCAUCUCCUUCCAUUGACGAUCCAAACUGUCCAUUGCAAUUCUUCGGUCCUGAUCAUCACGAAAUUUGGGACACAGAAUGGCAACCAAUAAGUUAUUAA